AUGCUACAUCUGCUGCAAAAUAAAGGAUUGUUCUCCGGGUCUUACAUUGAAGAUCCACAGCAGCAUCUGAAAAAUUUUCUGCCGAUUUGUGUCACGCAAAGGCAACUGAAUAUGACACCGGAAGCAAUAAGACUAUUGUUGUUUCCAUUCUCAGUGACAGGAGAAGCCCAGACUUGGCUUAAUUCGCUCUCCAUAAAUUCCAUUACCACUUGGGAGGAAUUAGUCAAGCAGUUUUUGAACAAGUUUUACCCACCAAAUAAGACCGCCAAGCAAGUUGAUGAAAUAUUGAGCUUCAGGCAGAAACCAGCUGAAACAUUACAAGAAACGUGGGAGAGGUUCAAAGGUAUGCUGGUUAAGUAUCCACAUCAUGGCAUUCCAGAUCAAAUGUUGGGACAACAGUUUUACAUGGGAUUGGCGGAUAAUUUGAAGGCCAAUGUUGAUACUUCAGCAGAUGGAGCAUUUUUGAGAAAGUCAUUUAGAGAAUACACACAUGUCAAUCCGAAGGAGCAGGGCCCGAAUCAGCUUAUGGCGCUGAGCUUGAGAAAUGGUAGAGAUCUUGAUUUAGAGCAAGAAAUUGCUCGUGAGAGUCGGUCAACUAAAACACUUGUGACAGAAAAGGCAUUAGAAAAAGUGCCUGAGCAGGAUCUAACUCAAGCUACAGCAAAGAAGCGACCUCCGGCACCCUUCCCGCAGAGGUUGGCCAAAUAUCAGAAGGAUGAACAGUACAAAAAAUUCAUGGAAAUGCUGAAGCAAAUUCAGGUAAACAUUCCUCUAAUUGGUGCUUUGAGGGAGAUGCCCGGUUAUGCAAAAAUGAUGAAGGACUUAAUGUCUCGUAAGUUUGACUUCCAAGACUUGGCAACUAUCACAUUGACACAGACUUGUAGCGCUGUUGUGUCAAGACCUAUAGCUAAAAAGUUAUCUGACAUUGGAAGCUUCACAAUUCCAUGCACCAUAUGUAGCUAUGCAUUUACAAAAGCAUUGUGUGAUUUGGGAGCAAGUAUAAAUCUGAUGCCAUUGUCUAUCUAUAAAAAGUUAGGCAUUGGAAGAGCAAGGCCCACAUCCAUAUUACUGCAACUAGCUAACCGAACGGUGAAAAGGGCAUCAGACUACAAGGUUGAUGAUGAGAUUCCCAUAAUUUUGGGAAGGCCGUUCUUGGCCACAGGGAUAUCUAUGAUUGAUUGUGAAAUGAAGGAGCUGAAGAUGAGGCUAAAUAAUGAAGAAAUAACAUUUAAUGUGCAAAAGUCUAUGCGGCGACCCAGUGAGUUUGCAAAUUGA